AUGGCACCACUACCAGUCGAAACGAGCUUGAACACUUUGACUUUACAUUCAUCUCACCAUGCUGAGCAAGAACACGAUCAAGAACAAGGCUUAGAAGUCAAAUCCAAUCCAGAGGAACCUAGACCCCAUUUUGCACCAGGGGACGGUACCAAGCAGGAUGCAGGAGUCACUCGUAUCGAGGGGUUGUACCUGGUCUUUGGUAAAGGAUGGGGAUUAUACUCCCUGUGGGCUUCUAUCGGUUUGAUCGCAUAUGUCUACUCCCUCAGUCGACUUACCACUGCUUAUUACGCCGCUUUCGCCACCUCCGCUUUUGGCGAACACACCAUCAUCGGAACCAUCGGCGUUGUUAAUUCAAUAAUAGGAGGAGUGGCCCCUCCGAUUAUCGCCAAGCUGGCCGAUAUGUGGUCCCGACCGCACACCCUGACUCUGGCUGUGACGCUUUACGCCGUCGGCUACGCGAUGUGUGCCGGUGCCCAGAAUGUCUCAACGGUGGUUGCUGGCCAAGUAGUGUACACUCUGGGAAACACGGGUAUCACUUUUCUCAACAGUCUACUCAUUGCGGAUAUCACUUCCCUUCAAUGGCGGGCCUUCGUUGAUGGCGCUGUCAACUUGCCCUAUGUCUUGAAUGCCUUCGUCUCGGGAUAUAUCGUGGAGGACAUCAAUGGUUACAGUGCCAACGGUUGGCGAUGGGGUUACGGAAUGUUCUGUAUCCUUCUCCCAGUGUGUGUCUCGCCGGCUUUGAUCGUCCUUUUGAUUGGUGAUCAUCGAGCGAAGAAGCUCGGCACUGCGGCGCUUGGUGCUUCUCCAACUCGACCCGAGUGGCUGGCCCGAAGUGACGAACUCCAAGGGAAAUCGACGCUACAAAUAAUCUUGUACUACUGCAACCGACUCAACGUUUUGGGAUUCUUCCUGAUGAGCUUUGCGUUUGCCCUCAUCCUGACUCCGAUGACCCUCAGCACGACAGCGGAAGGGGGAUACAAGAAUCCCUCUCUCAUCGCCAUGCUCGUAAUCGGUGGUAUCCUGUUCAUUUGCUGGGCUGUCUGGGAUGGGUUCUAUGCCGAAUACCCAUUCAUGCCUCGUCGUGUUUUCAACAGAACUUUUGUCGCUUGUCUGCUCGCCGAUUUCUUCUACUACUUUUCGAGUUACCUAGCGGACGGAUAUUUCCCAUCUUGGGUCUAUGUCAUUGUAGACUGGCCUGACAAACACUACCAAUUCUUCAACAACACUGUCACCGUCGGCACUUGCGGUUUUGCCUUCAUGUUUGGUCUGCUGAUGCGGUAUACCCAUCGAUACAAGGCGUUCCAGAUCUUUGGUCUAUGCCUUCGUACUCUCGGUUCUGGGCUGGUCUACCUUUCCGCGACAAAACCCACCGAUGCCGUCCUGGUAUGCUCUCAAGUCUUUAUCGGUAUUGGCGCUUCGGUCUCCAUCAUAGCUUCAUAUCUCGGUAUACAGAGCUCCGUACCGCAUCAAGAUCUUGCGAUCGCCACUGCAGUCCUCAAUCUCUGGGCAUCUGUGGGCAGUUCCAUCUCCCUCGCAAUCUCAGCUUCUGUUUGGAACAGAGAGGUUCCCAAUAACCUUGAAAAGUACUUGGGCUCCAUGUACAAUGCGACGGAAAGGGCGUCGAUCUUCGGCAGUAUCUAUGUUGCUCGUCUGACCGAGCCUCGGAACCUGGUCAAGCAAGCGUACCUGGAUUCCAUGAAACCGCUCUUCCUUGCAGCCCUGAUCACGUCUUUCUGCUCGAUCAUCGCCGCCGCUUUUGCUAAGAACUAUUAUCUUGGCGACACACACAACGCCGUUGAGGACAAAGUCAUCAAAUUCAGAGAUCAGCAAGAGAUUGAGAAGGAGCUUGCGGAGAGACGAGACUGA